AUGUCGACUCCAACCAACGCCUCCAACGGCCCAACGCCAACGCCAACAGGACCCAACGGCGCUCCACCCCCGAUGAGGAUUCGCCGCGCCAGGAACGCAGGCGACCCUCUCGUUCGUCCAAAGCGACGGCCUGCGAGGCCUGUGGGAGCUGCUCCCGGCGCAAAUACAGCGAUCAAGACCUUGCCCGCACGCCCCUCGGCCCCCGGCGCUCCGUUCGUACCUUUGCCUCAGAAACCCCGAUCGGCCCUCGUCCCGGAUGUGCGCUCCGUCAACGGAUUCAGUGGGCCUUUGCUCUCUCAGAAAUAUGUUGACUACCCGCUGGUUACUACGAGGAAAGCUCUGCGUGAGGGGUUGAAACAUCACAUCGCCCGGUUUUCUUCCAAACGAACCAUCGACCCUCGCGAUGAAUCUCAGUUUACGCGACCCGUCAGGCUUCAUCGCCGCGAUCCACGUGCUCGAGCUCAUGAACAGCAUGGGGAGAAGAUGGUCGGACCGGACGGGCAGCAGCUGGACGAGGCCGAGCGGGAGGCCCUGGAAGCGCGAAGAGCCGCGCGCGAGAAGGAGCGUGCAGUGAAUAUGGCGCAGAUUGCGCCCUCGGUCGGGUCGACUGCAAAGAGACCGAAUGCCCCCAAGCAGAAGACACAACAAGUCUUCAAGUCGGACAUGACUAAGGAGGAGAUUGCCAGGGCGCGUAUCAAGUACGAGGAAGCCUUGCCCUGGCAUCUGGAGGAUUUCGAUAACCGCAAUAUCUGGGUUGGCAACUACGAGGCGGCGUUAUCGGAGACCCACACGGUCUUUGUCCUCGAGAAUAACAAGAUGCGAAUGAUCCCCGCUGAGAAGUGGUACAAGUUCAGCGCCAAGCAGCAGUUUAAGGCGUUGACUAUUGAGGAGGCAGAGAAGCACAUGUCGAAGCGCAUCAAGGACCCCCGGUGGUUCAUGGAAAAGCAGAAGGAGGUCCAGGCGAAGAAGGAACUGGAACAAUAUGCCAAGCAGAACAGGGUUUAUGCCGGAAAACAAGGUGGCAUAGCCGGUAGAGAAGGCUUGGAGGCCAGUGAAAUGGACUUUGAGGAGGACCGAUUCGCCGAUGACGAAGAACAUGCGGAUUUGUUCAACGACGAGCAAGACGAAGAUACCAAGGCGGCUGAGCAGCGAAUCAAAGAGGAUCAAUUGAAGGCGAACGUCUUCGAUCUUAAGGAAGAGAAGGACUACGAGGACGAAGAGGAGCGCGAGAAAAAGGAGCGUGAAGCGCGCCGGACUUUCGGCAAGAAAGUCCGAAAGGCUCUCAAGAAAAGAGAGAGAAACUUCGACUACAGCAGUGGCUCCGAUGUUAAUCCAUACACUGAUGAAGAGAGUUCUGAUGACAGCGAGGUCGAACGUCAAAAGGAGGAAGAAAAACGCAAGGCCGAAGAGGAAAGGCUUCAGAGAGAGAAGGAUUCGGCGACAUCUACCAAGGGCAGUAAUACGCCCUCGGGUCGUCCAAAGCACACCGAUGCUCUCAAGAAGCCAGCCGGAUCUCGCAAGCGCCUGGGGUCUCCAGUUUCGGACGCGAGUGGCACCGACACCUCUCGAAAGAAGGCUAAAAACAAGCAUCAGCCCACCUCGCGGCCAAUGUCCCCAUCUGCAGCACAGGCCGGUAAGAAACGCAUUCGAAACGUCCCACUCGGCGGCUCUGGAUCUGGCAGCGACGUCGAUGUCGGUGCUGGAUCUGGAGGCGAGCUGAGCGAGAGCGGCAAGACCAAGAGACUAAAACUGAACCCUCCCUCAGCCACUUCGCGCAGUGGCACUCCGCAAGGAUCCCGAGCUGCAAGCCCUAUCGCUAGCACCCAGUUCCCCGGUAGCCGAGCUGCCAGCCCCGAUGGACCAAGAGGCGCCGGCCGCUCCACCCCCAUCCCAACCGGACAACCAUUCCCCACGCCCGCCGAGAUUCACGCCGCGAUCCCAGCCACUGGUAUCACCAGUUCCGACCUUCUCCGUAUUUUCCGUCCCCGCAUUGGCGAAUCCAAGGAGAACCAUCGCCGUUUCAUUGCAAUCGUUAAGGACGUCGGUUUGUAUGGCAAGGAGGACAGGCUACUCCGGCCUGGUACCUGGAGGCCAACCUAA